AUGUCCGGUGCGAACACUUGGCUGCAGAGGCAGCGAAAGUCAGACCUCGUUGAGCUCGCUAUACAGUAUGGUCUAAAGAAUUUCGAAAGUCUCAGAAAAUCCGAGCUCGAGCACGCCCUCGACGAUCACCUGGGCGCGAAUGAGCAAGUAUUUUCGCUCGAUCCCCAGCUCCACCCGUACUAUCAGAUUCGCUAUCAAAAGAACAUGAGAAUCCUCCACUCUCCGGUCAAUGAUGACGUACCAGAGAGGCCCAAGAGCGUAAGACGACGAGCGACCAAGGCUCCGGAAGAAAUCGCUCCUGUCGCACCCAUCGACUCUGAUGAUGAGCCUUCCAACAACACCACUGUCGCGCGUACACCUGCGCGCACUCCUAGUCGCGCGCUCUCUCUCGCAAGCCGCAUUCCGCUCCCCGCUACGCCUGCGGAUGUCGCAGAGGCUGUUGACCGCUCCACGGUCGCUGUAAGGACACGCGUCGCGGCCUUGUACAAGGAGUCUGGCAUCACCGAAGCGACCCACGCGACGCGUGACAGUUUGUCAACCGUAACUUCGGUGCUCUUCGCCAUCUCUGCCUUUGAGCUCUACUUCUUGCGCCCCGAGAUCCUAGCGGACCGUUACGCGUUUACCAUCCCGGCCGUGGCUUUCCUCGGAACUAAAGACUUCCCUGUCUUCGUCCCGGAUAUGUUCUUGUUGUUGACGUCUUCGUUCUGGUCACCUGCGUUGCUCUGGACCUUUACAAGUGCAAUUCUGCCCAGCAUCGCCGGCUAUUUCGUGAAUCUGUCUGUCAGCUCCCACCAUGGUCGCGUUGGUCGUCGCUCUCACGCGCAUGACCCUGUCGUCGACCCGUUAUCCUUCAGCAUUGCCAAGGCUUUGAUCUCAUACGUUGUUUACCACCAAGGCCUCACCUUUGGCGGCUGGAUAGACGAAACCUCCAUCGCGCGCAUCAACACCGCCAUAUACGGCGGCUAUAAGGGUAUCUUGACCGGUACCGCCAUCACUGGCAUUCUGAGCAUCUACGACGCGGUGCUCAAGAAAUAG